GGCCCAGCGCGGCAGUCGGCGCAGGGAGCGGAGCGGCGCGGGAGUGCGCGCCGCCUUCGGGGCUCCUCUCGGCGCGCCAGGGCGCGGGGCCCGGACCCGGGGCGCCGGCACCAUGGCGCUGCGCGCCCGGGCGCUGUACGACUUCAGGUCGGAGAACCCGGGUGAGAUCUCGCUGCGGGAGCACGAGGUGCUGAGCCUGUGCAGCGAGCAGGACAUCGAGGGCUGGCUCGAGGGGGUCAACAGCCGCGGCGACCGCGGCCUCUUCCCGGCCUCGUACGUGCAGGUGAUCCGCGCCCCCGAGCCCGGCCCGGCGGGCGACGGCGGCCCGGGCGCCCCUGCCCGCUACGCCAACGUGCCGCCCGGAGGCUUCGAGCCCCUGCCCGCCGCGCCGCCCGCCUCCUUCAAGCCGCCGCCCGACGCCUUCCAGCCGCUGCUGCAGCCGCAGCAGGCGCCGCCGCCGAGCACCUUCCAGCCGCCGGGCGCGGGCUUCUCAUACGGCGGGGGCGCCCUGCAGCCGUCUCCGCAGCAGCUCUACGGCGGCGGCUACCAGGCCAGCCAGGGCAGCGACGAUGACUGGGACGACGAGUGGGACGACAGCUCCACGGUGGCCGACGAGCCCGGCGCGCUGGGCAGCGGCGCCUACCCGGACCUCGACGGCUCGUCGUCGGGGGGCGGCGUGGCCGGCCGCUACCGCCUGUCCACGCGCUCGGACCUGUCGCUGGGCUCCCGCGGCGGCUCGGCGGCCCCGCAGCACCACCCGUCGGGGGCCAAGAGCUCGGCCACGGUGAGCCGCAACCUCAACCGCUUCUCCACGUUCGUCAAGUCGGGCGGGGAGGCCUUCGUGCUCGGCGAGGCGUCGGGCUUCGUGAAGGAUGGGGACAAGCUGUGCGUGGUGCUGGGGCCCUACGGCCCCGAGUGGCAGGAGAACCCCUACCCCUUCCAGUGUACCAUCGACGACCCCACCAAGCAGACCAAGUUCAAGGGCAUGAAGAGCUACAUCUCCUAUAAGUUGGUGCCCACGCACACGCAGGUGCCGGUGCAUCGGCGCUACAAGCACUUCGACUGGCUGUACGCGCGCCUGGCAGAGAAGUUCCCUGUCAUCUCGGUGCCCCACCUGCCCGAGAAGCAGGCCACCGGCCGCUUCGAGGAGGACUUCAUCUCCAAGCGCAGGAAGGGGCUGAUCUGGUGGAUGAACCACAUGGCCAGCCACCCGGUGCUGGCGCAGUGCGACGUCUUCCAGCACUUCCUCACGUGCCCCAGCAGCACCGACGAGAAGGCCUGGAAACAGGGCAAGAGGAAGGCCGAGAAGGACGAGAUGGUGGGCGCCAACUUCUUCCUGACCCUGAGCACGCCCCCCGCCGCCGCCCUCGACCUGCAGGAGGUGGAGAGCAAGAUCGAUGGCUUCAAGUGCUUCACCAAGAAGAUGGACGACAGCGCGCUGCAGCUCAACCACACCGCCAACGAGUUCGCGCGCAAGCAGGUGACGGGCUUCAAGAAGGAGUAUCAGAAGGUGGGCCAGUCCUUCCGCGGCCUCAGCCAGGCCUUUGAGCUGGACCAGCAGGCCUUCUCGGCCGGCCUGAACCAGGCCAUCGCCUUCACCGGAGAUGCCUACGACGCCAUCGGCGAACUGUUCGCCGAUCAGCCCAGGCAGGACCUGGACCCCGUCAUGGACCUGUUAGCGCUGUAUCAGGGGCACCUGGCCAACUUCCCCGACAUCAUCCACGUUCAGAAAGGAGCUCUUACCAAAGUGAAGGAGAGUAGGCGACACGUGGAAGAAGGGAAGAUGGAGCUCCAGAAGGCUGAUGGCAUUCAGGAUCGCUGUAACACUAUAUCUUUUGCCACUUUGGCUGAAAUUCACCACUUCCAUCAAAUUCGAGUAAGAGACUUUAAAUCGCAGAUGCAGCAUUUCUUACAACAACAGAUAAUAUUUUUCCAAAAAGUGACACAGAAGUUGGAAGAAGCUCUUCACAAAUAUGAUAGUGUUUAAUGACCGGACAUCGGAUUGUGGACUUUUUUUCAAUUCAAGGAUAAUUUCUGCAGCAGAAUAAAAACUGCUAUCAAAGAGCUCUUGCCAACUAGCAGUGGUGGUACAAGGAUGGUUUUGUGUUCAACUGAAACUCGGCUGAAUAUAUAAUUAUGUAGGAAAGAAACAGUUAAUAUGGUUAUAUAAUAGAAACAGUACCACAUUUGUAACUAAAUUAUACUAUGUAUGCCUACACUACCAUUGUAACUUUUGGAAUAAUGAUUAUACUAUUUGCCUUAUUGCUUUUUGAAGUAUGGGUAUUUUAGUGCAUACUUUGUAGACCUCAAAACCCAUGAAGGGUCUCAAAGAAGCUGGCUGGACAAAAGCCUGCUGUGGAUGCCUUUUACUCAUAGAUCGGGAUUACCCCAAUUCAACCUGUUCUCUGUUUACAAACUCCAACUAGAGCAGCUAUGCGACUUUGUGCCUUUAGACUCUUGGUUUUUCAUUUCUCGCCCCUGCCCCCCCCUCCCCUUUUUAAGUAAUCACAACUUUUCUGAUUGAAAGAGUGAAAGGCCAGCGCAUACAAUGACAGACUGCUAGUAACCUCGUAGUGGCGCUGGGGGUGGGGUGGGAGGGUCAGCUGUCAUCAGAGUGCACAGCAAGUUUUGUCUCCUGAUACAUGCUGGUGAGCACAGCAAAGGGAGACUCGAUGCUCAUCUUUGGAUAUGAAGUCUAUCAGGGAAGAAAACGGUGCCACUCUACUCCCUUAGAUGCGAUGGUAGUCUAGCCUCUUCCCUCAAGUGUCCUGGAAACUUGGUGUGGAGAUUUGAAGGAACAUGUCUUAUAACACGGAGAAGGAGGAGUCGAAUCAGUUGGGGACACAAGCACAGAAUCAGUGACGACACAUACCUGGUUUUAGUUCUUAGGAGGGUUUUCCUUUCUUUUUUUUUUUUUAGCUUGGAGAUUUUCUUUUAAUAUUCAGUGUGAUUUUUUUUUUUUAAAUGGAUCUACACUGUUAACUGAUUGAGACUCCACUGUGAUUCACUCGUUUACUUAAAUCAAAAACUUUUCAGGGAUGUCUGUAAAAUUCAGUGUUAUACGUGAUGAAAAGUAGUGUUGGUUGAUCUAAGGAGGGACCAGAAACAAUUUCUACUAUUCCAAAUGCUGAAAGAAAAAAGUAAUUUUUUUUUUAAGCAUUGAUAAGCCCCCAGGACAUUUAACCUUAAAAAUUAUUUUAAAUAUGCUCUUUUAUUAUUGUAAGGGAAAUACAAAUGGCUGAUAAAUACCAAAAAGAUUCAAAAGCAGCUUAAUUUAAAAAGCACAAAGAGAUUCUGGCUUGAAAUGCCAAAAUCUCAAUGUUUUUAUAGUUGCUGAACUAAAUAAUGUGAUUCUUGAGUUUACACAUUUAAAAACUGUCACUGAAAGAUUAAAGUAUCUACUGUUUUUAUGAAGUCAAACUUAUGCUGCCUCAGAAAUCCCUGGGUAUUGAAGUGGUAACACAGAAGUAAAGAGGUCAGUUUGAAAUAUUUGGUGAGUCACAUUGAUUGAAGAAAAGGGUCAGUUUGCAGAUAGUCAUGAAAAGGAAAGGUUAUUGAAAAGAUUAGUCAACAGCACAUUUAUUCUAAAAAGUAAUUUCACAUGGGUUGAAUUUUUAAGAUCAGAGUAUCAUAAUUUUGAUCAAAAUUUUAUACCUUAGGUAUCUAGAGCCAGAUUUAACAUCAUGUGGCUUUGUCUCUACUACAGAUACGUGGAACUGUAACCAAAUAUAUUUUCUCUAAAAGGUCACUUUCUCUUGUUGAUUGUGAAAUACAGUUCUAUAAACAAAACCCAUAUAUAUAUAAAUGUUAAUUUUAUUACAGAAAUUUGGAGAUCAAUUAAUUAUAGCAUAUAAUUUAAGUUCAAGUCUGUAUUGGACAAAUAAGCACUAUGCUUUUCAAAUGAUUUGAAAAUCACUUUUAUUUGCCUCUUUAUUUUGAUGGUGGUUUGAUUUUUUUUUUUUUUUUUUAAGUAAAAUCACUAAACUUGUGCAAUGGUAGCAUGGAAAUUAUCUGAGGUGUCUUGUAUGUUUCUGCUUUAGCCAGCGUGGACGUAGCUUAAGUUAUAAAAAUGAAAGAUUAAAAUACAAGGAAGUAGAAGUUCAUGCUGCCUAUGUAGAAGAGAAGUUUUGUUCUUCAUAACUACAUAACAUUAUAAUGCCACUGAUUCAUGAGGGGUUUAAAUUAAUUAUUAGUGUCCAUAUUUUCUUCUAAGAUCUUUAUUUCUCUAACGUUCUUGGUCCUAUUGAAACAUUUCAGUAUAUAAAAAUACUGCAAUGUUAAUACCCAAGAGAAAAGCCAUCAUAAUGUGUAUGCUGGUCGUCAUGAUCAGUGUGGUACAAUUUUUAAAAAUAAACUAUCACGCCCUGCAUGCCAUUAUUUGUCUUUAUUUCUGUAAUUUAUAAUUCUGAUAUAUGAUGUAUUACACCAUGAAGGUGUGCACUUGAGCCUGGUUUUGCUGUUUUAAUGACAGAGGGAGUCAUUUCUGUGCUGUGACCGUAAUGCGGGGAGCCUGGUUCUGCAGCCGUGCAGUGUAACCCCAGUGCUCUUCAGGCUGUUGGAUGAAAAGGUACAGUUUAAACCCAGAACAAGGGAGCACAUUCGAAAGUGAAACGUAGAGUCAGCGCACGCUGGCUUGAAGAGG